CCCAACCUUUUUCUAACUCCGAGCUGAUAAAAAUCUCAUCGCCUUUUCACUCUGUCUCCCCCAUCCCACUUUCUCUCUCUAAAAUCCCAAAAAUGGCUCUGCAACUGUGGGAAACACUGAAAGAGGCGAUCGUGGCCUACACGGGCCUCUCUCCGGCGACCUUCUUCACUAUCCUAGCUCUCCUCGUGGCCGUCUACCACGUGGCGUCGGGGCUGUUCGGGUCGUCCCACGACCACCGUCAGCUGGACAGGAACAUGGAGGAGAUGCAGCCUCUCCCGCCUCCUGUCCAGCUUGGCGAGAUCACCGAAGACGAAUUGAAGCAGUACGACGGCUCCGAUGCCAAGAAGCCUUUGCUCAUGGCUAUCAAGGGUCAGAUCUAUGACGUGUCACAGAGCAGGAUGUUUUAUGGACCUGGUGGGCCGUAUGCUCUGUUCGCAGGCAAAGAUGCUAGCCGAGCUCUUGCUAAAAUGUCUUUUGAAGACAAAGAUCUGACUGGUGAUAUCUCAGGUCUUGGUCCAUUCGAGCUCGAGGCCUUGCAGGAUUGGGAAUACAAGUUCAUGAGCAAGUAUGUCAAGGUUGGAUCCAUUAAGAGCACAGCUCCGGGAACUGAAGGAGAAUCCACUGGUGAAACCGCUAAAGCCGCUGAUCAAGAAGCUACUAAGCCUGCUGAAGAUAUUCCAUCUGAUAGUCCAGCUGUUAAAUCCGAGGAAACCUCAUCCAGUGCUGAAGCUGAACCAGAGUAAUUGCAAAUCCCAAAACCAUUUAGGUACUAUCGAAGCUGGGGUUUGGCUGCUGCAUAUUUGGUGAAUCUUGUGCAAACAUAAGUUACUGCUUUCAUAGCCUAGGAUACUCCUGUUAUAAUCAGAUUUUCGUGGAUGCUUAAGUUGUGGUGUAAUAAAUCAUCAAUCUUCGACUUCUGUGA